GGUCAUACUGCGUCGGCCAUUUGUCAUUGUGAGCGUGACAAAAAUAAGUUCUCUGAAAAUCGAAAUAGAUCGAAGCGUCUGAUUUAAACUGGAGAAAAUGGGAUCACGCAACGAGUGCCGUAUAUAUGUGGGCAACCUUCCCCCAGAUAUACGCACCAAGGAUAUCCAGGACCUGUUCCACAAGUUCGGCAAAGUAACUUUCGUCGAUCUGAAAAAUCGGCGUGGGCCGCCAUUUGCUUUUGUUGAGUUCGAAGAUGCGCGGGAUGCCGACGAUGCGGUGAAGGCGCGCGACGGCUACGACUACGAUGGGUAUCGUCUGCGCGUGGAGUUCCCGCGGGGCGGUGGUCCUGGAAGCUACCGCGGCGGCAACCGCAAUGACCGAAGCCGCGACGGUGGGGGACGGAUGGGCGGACGCGGACCGCCAGCCAAGCGCUCGCAGUACCGCGUCAUGGUUACUGGACUGCCCGCCUCCGGAUCGUGGCAAGAUCUCAAGGAUCACAUGCGCGAGGCCGGCGACGUCUGCUUCGCGGACACUUACAAGGAUGGUUCCGGCGUCGUUGAGUUCCUGCGCCACGAGGACAUGAAGUACGCAAUCAAAAAAUUGGACGACUCUCGCUUCCGAUCGCAUGAGGGCGAGGUUGCCUACAUUCGCGUACGCGAGGAUAGCGGUGAUAACGACAGAGGCGGUGGUGGUGGCGGCAGCGGUGGAGGUGGUGGCGGCAGCGGCGGAGGUGGAAGCCGUGACUACCGCGACAGAUCCCGUUCGCGCUCAUUCUCGUCGAGGCCGCGCCGUCGUGGCACUCCCACAUACUCCCCAGUGCGACGUCAAUCUUAUUCCAGGUCUCGCUCACGUUCUAACUAUUAAACACAACCAAGCAUUAUCCAUUAAUCUAUAAUAUUUUAAUGAGCAGGAAACAGGAAAAGCAAGCUAUAUUAGGAAAUACCAAUCAAUAUUUGUUCAAGACCCCUCAAAUACCCCAAUUGUAAAUUGAUUUGUAAAAUGAAAUCAACGACCAAUCAAGUUUGUUCAGUCAAGUUCCGAACUCUCACCGAAGCCAACAUACUUAAAAAAGAAAAACACUUGCUUUUCCAACUUAUCACACGUUCUAAGAAGCAGAAAUGUUCUCUUAAGUUAUAAUCCACCGGGCAAAAUUUGACAAAAACAGUUCUAAAAUGACAACUGUAAACCAAGGAAUUCUCUUUGGCCAAAAGCACUCGGCAUUCCUUGAUUUGCUUUUGAUUAUCUUUUGAGCCUUUGCUCAGUCUGCUUCCUACAUAUUAUAUUAUAACUCUUAUUUUGGCUGCACGUUUUCCAAGCUAAUUUAUUAGAAUCUACCUUAACGAAAACAAGAAACAUCGAUACAGAAUAAAUAUGUUUGUAAUGAGAUAAAGAAAAGAAACAGAAAUCCGAACACAACGCAAUGUCAACCACAUUGAUAAGCAAACUAUUAAUACUUUAAUUUUUAUUUUCUUCUCUUCCCCAUUUUGCGCGUUUAUGUUUGGAGAGUGAUGAGGAUGUGGAGGAUGAGGAUUAAUGGAUGUGGAGGAGGAUAUUUUGAUGUUGAUUUUGGCGUGGAUUGGAUAAAUUUGGAUUGAAUUUAGUGGAGGCAGGACCUGUCUAUAGAUCUUAUAAAUAUGAAAAUAUUUAUUUGAUUGUAAUCAGGAUUGGAUUUGGAUUUAGGAUUGUUCUGAGCCCUUCGCUAGGACAACGUGGGAUGCAGUGUCCCAUGGCUAACUCGCACCUCGGAGGAGGAGGAGACAGGAAUUUCGCAUUGUUGAAGGAUUUUAUGUGUGAACUUUGGUCGUGUUCAGGUUAACGGAUGUUUGGAGGAGGAGAAUGUCGAUGGCAUCGUUGACGGUGAGGAACACUUGCGUUGCCCUUGGACAGGACUAAAUCAUACAGUUUCGGACUCGGCCGCAUCUCUUCGAGCCUCGCCCCUUCUUCGGCAUCUGCCUAACGGUCGGGAUUAGGAUUCGCUUGGACAGGCUCACACGCUUUGUUGUCGCCUUCUUUGGAUCGCACUUCAGAAACUAGCUCACCCAGGGAACCGCGUAUUUCGUGGCCUUCGCGCCCCUGUCGUUGUCAUUUCACGGAUUUGCUGUGCAUCAUCCAACGUUGACUUGCGCCCAACGCUGGAUAGUGGAUAGUGGUUCUUGGUCUGGUCCGAUCCGAUGCGUUCCGGUCUCCCUCUGUCUCGCCUCUCUGUGGUAUGUUAGAUUGCCACAUCAAAUUUAACUUUUAAUUUGCGUUAUUUAGUUUAUAAUUUAUAUACUCUUUACCCAAAUCUUUCGUCUCCAUUGAUAUUGUUGCCUCUGAAAUGUGGCGAUUGUCGCGUGUGCGUUUUGUUUUUCAUUUUUUUUGAAUAGAAGGGCGAAAAUUCAUAGGCCCCGACUAUAGCCCACACCCGCAUCAUUUGCAUGAACUUUCGUUAACCUAAUAAAAAGUAAUACCACAGCAAUUUUGGAACAGAACAGUUCUCUCGUUCUCCUUGCUUAUCGAUCAACAUAUAAGCCAUAGUUCUAACAUAUUUUUGAAAUGAAAUACACAUUUACAAUAAAUAUUCAUAAAAAUUAAG